AAAUCAGUCUGUUUGCGGUAAUUAAGGUGGUCAGUUCGUGGUCAGGUGGUGGUGCGCGGAUUGCGAUCCAGUGGAGGUCCUUAAACGCAGAUAGUUGCAGAUCCUUUCGUGGAGUAGUGUAGCAGUUGAUUGCCGGGGACCGGUUUUAAGGGCUAGAACCAACAGUGACAAAUUUCUCGAGAAACUAGACGACGAUGAAGCACGUGGUGGCCGGUUGCAUGCUGCUGGUGGUGCUGAAUCUAGGGUUCAGCUACGCCUAUUUGGAGCCCAUUCUGUCAGUAUGCAAACGGAAAGACCCCAACCUGGACAAGUGCAUCCAGGACGUGGUGGAGCGGAUACGACCGAACGUGGCCUCCGGCAACUACGGCUCGUCCAACGUGCUACCCAAGCUGGAACCGGUGGUGAUCGAGAAGAUCCGCAUCGAGCGAGGCAACACCUUUGGGGCUAACUUUUCCAACUUGGUCAUUGCCGGCGCCGGCCAGUUUGUGAUCAAGAAGCUCAAGACCAAUCUGGACGAUCGGAAGAUCAACGUGAGCGUAAUUCUUCCCUCGCUGGAUGUUAAGGGGAAGUAUUCGCUGAACAUGAAUAUUCUGGUGCUGCGAAUCGCCGGAAAGGGAGACAUCUCGGCUACUUUGAACGAAACCAAGGCGAUCCUCCGGUUGGAGUACUACACGGAACGUGUUGGCGAUCGGGAUCUGACGCGAUUCCGGCCGAUCGAUCUGAAGCUCAAGUUCGACAAGGCCCGCUUCUACCUGACCAACCUGUUCAACGGGGAUCCUACGCUUGAGCGUGUCGGCAACGAUGCCAUUAACGAGAACCCGAUGGUCCUGCUGGACGAGGUAAAGGAAUCCUUCGAGCAGAACCUGUCGAAGAAGUUCACCGAGAUCGCCAACAGUUUGGUGAAGGAUGCCGACUUGGACGAGAUCUUCCCCGAAGCCGUCGGAAGCAGCAACGAGACGAGGUUAGAUCAAUUGAAAUCUGCAGGUCGCGGGAUAGAUUUGCGGAAAGCUGGAGUGAUAAGUUUGUUUUUGUGUGAACAAGUUUGGAACAGGGAGAAAGCCGGUGAUAUGAAGAUCUAUGUCGUUGGAUUAAUAGCGGUGCUGUGCUGCGGGAGUGGUUAUGCUCGAUUAGCCCCCGUCCUGACGGCCUGCUCCAGCGGCGACCCCGACUUUGAGAAGUGCGUCAAAGCCGUGGUGGAGCGCAUCCGGCCGGCCAUCGCCGCCGGCAACUACGGCGAGGGCCAACCGAAGGCGCCCCCGCUGGAGCCCAUCUCGAUCGACCAGAUGGCGAUCGACCGGGGGGCCGGAUUCCGCUGCAAGCUGUCCGACGUGAAGAUCGCAGGAGCCGGCGACUUUACAAUGCGCCGCGUCAAGCUGAACAAGAGCGAGAAGAUGUUCAACGUGAGCGUGCGGAUUCCGACCAUGCUCGUCAAGGGUCAGUACGAGCUUGAUAUGCAAAUUCUGGUGCUGAAAAUUUCCGGCCGGGGCGAUUUCAGGCUGGAUCUAAAUAACACCCUGUGCAACAUGCAGUUGAAGUACAUCUUCAAGGACGACUCCACCGUCCAGUUCCAGCCGAUCGCGGUGAAGCUCAAGUUCGACAAGGCCCGCUUCCAGCUGCAGAAUCUGUUCAACGGGGAUCCGACGCUGGGCCGGGUCGGCAACGAGGCCAUCAACCAGGAUCCGCACGUGCUGCUGGGCGAGGUGAAGCCGGCCUUCGAGGAGAGUUUGGGCAAAUACUUUACCGAUAUUGCCAACGCGGCCGUCGCCGGGGCCAGCGAGCAGGAAAUACUGCCACCGUGAAGCUGUGUGUGGGGAGGGGAAGAAUAGGUUUUGAGGAGAUGAGAUACCAAAAAUGUUAGAAAAGAGAAUAAAUACUAUUUAUUAAGGUG